AUGGCUAAUGAUAUUGAUGUUAGAGCUGAAAAUGAUGAGUACGAAGGCCUUGGUGAAUACGAAUUUAUGCCGAACGAAGAGUUUGGCGAUGAAAGUGAUGUGGGUAACAAUGCACUGGACGUCUUAGGGACGUACGACGGCCAACGCAAUAGCGACAACGAGCGACACGGAUUUGGCAAAGCAAUUUUACCGAACGGCGACGCAUACGUUGGGACUUACAGGAACGGAGAGAGGCAUGGACACGGGACGUAUACGUUCAAAAACGGUGCGAGUUAUCGGGGCUGUUAUAAAAGAGGCUUGAGGAACGGUAAAGGAGUGAUGCGCUAUCCGGAUAAAUCAAGAUAUGAAGGUAAUUGGACGGACAAUAAAAAAGACGGAGAAGGAGUUUACAGAUUCGAAAACAACGACAAGUAUUCUGGUUAUUGGAAAUCUGAUAUGAAACAUGGAGCCGGAACCUAUACGUUCUGCAAAACCGGAACUAUUUUGAAAGGGACGUGGUUAGAAGAUAGAAAAGUAAACAAUUUUCAAAUAUUCUUUCCAACCAGUGAAGGAUGUGGCUUCUCGUUUCAUGGUACUUGGGAUAGUAACGAAUUGAUCACCGGGGAAGGAUAUUUCGUGUUCGAGAAUUUGAAUUGCAUGCUAAAAGGAAUUAGCGUUGAAAAUCCUACUUACGAAAAUACCACGUUAAAACAGAAUGCACCAAACAAUCGCUUCGAAUCUGUUUGGUUUUCGAAUAAAAUACUGCCCAUCAUACGCAGUAUGUUGCCUCUACCGUCCAAAAACCGACCAAUAUUUGACAAAAAAUCCUCGUGCGAAAUAAAUUUGCCGCCAUUGCAAAUGAGUACUAGUGAUAUCGUGAUUUCGACUAGUAACGUGGAAAUGUAUGAACAUGGAACUAAUUUGUGGAAUGAAAUAUCUGAAGAGUUUGAAAAUGAGUCAGGUGCUUACAUAUCCAAACCCGAGCAAAGAAAGGGAUCGAUUUCAUUGAUAUCUCAAGAACAAGAAGAGGAAUUUAAGUCAAUUAACUCUCAAGAACAAAACUCCUAA